CAUUUAUAUUAUGAUAUUACUCACCUAAUAAUUUAAAUUUAAUUCUUUAUUAUAUGAACACUUAUCAUGAAUAUAAGUAAUCGCAUCAUUGUUACUCCACUGGGAGCUGGUCAGGAUGUUGGCCGUAGCUGUAUCUUAAUAACAAUUGGUAAUCGUAAUAUUAUGCUUGAUUGUGGAAUGCAUAUGGGCUACCAAGAUGAACGUAAAUUUCCCGAUUUCUCAUAUAUUACCUCUGAUGGUAAUAUUACAGACAUUAUAGACUGUGUAAUUAUUUCACAUUUUCAUUUGGAUCAUUGUGGUGCACUGUCCUAUCUGACUGAACAUCUUGGUUAUCAUGGUCCUAUCUACAUGACACAUCCUACUAAAGCAAUUGCUCCAAUUUUAUUAGAAGAUAUGCGUAAACAUUUAGUUGAAUAUGAAGAAGAAGCAAAAUAUUUUACAUCUAGUGCAAUUCGAGAUUGUAUGAAAAAAGUCACUGCAGUGAAUUUACAUGAAGUGGUUACUGUUAAAGACGAUAUAGAAUUAAAAGCAUACUAUGCUGGACAUGUGUUAGGAGCUGCCAUGUUUUAUAUUAAAGUUGGAAAUGAUUCUGUGGUUUAUACUGGAGAUUUUUCAAUGACUCCUGAUCGUCAUUUAGGAGCUGCUUGGAUUGAUAAAUGUCGACCAACAUUACUUAUAACUGAAUCAACAUAUGCUACAACGAUAAGAGAUUCAAAAAGAUGUAGAGAAAGAGAUUUCUUGAAAAAUGUACACGAAUGUAUAGAUCGUGGUGGUAAAGUAUUAAUACCAAUUUUUGCAUUGGGAAGAGCUCAAGAAUUGUGUAUUCUUAUUGAUACUUAUUGGGAUCGGAUGGGUUUGAAAGUCCCUGUUUAUUUUGCUGCAGGAUUAACUGAAAAAGCUAAUAGUUACUACAAAAUGUUUAUAACUUGGACGAAUCAAAAAGUUAGACAAACCUUUGUACAACGAAACAUGUUUGAUUUCAAACACAUUAAGCCAUUUGAUAAAUCAUACAUGCACAAUCCUGGCCCUAUGGUUGUAUUUGCAACUCCAGGUAUGCUACAUGCCGGCUUAUCAUUAAAUAUUUUUAAAAAAUGGGCUCCAGAUGAAAAAAAUAUGUUGAUUGUACCUGGUUACUGUGUGUCUGGGACUGUUGGUAAUAAAGUCUUAAGUGGUGCCAAAAAAAUUGAAGCUGAACCAAACAAAUUCAUUGAUGUUAAAAUGUCUGUUGAAUACUUAUCAUUUUCUGCUCAUGCGGAUGGUAAAGGUAUCAUACAACUAAUAAAGAAUUGUGAACCACAAAAUGUGUUAUUAGUGCAUGGUGAGGAAGAAAAAAUGAAAUUCCUUCGAGCUAAAAUUAUGCAAGAGUUUAACAUAAAUUGUUUCAUGCCUGCUAAUGGAGAAACUGUAGAAAUUGAAACAGCAAAUAUACAUACUUUCAAUAUGAGUACUAAACUGGUUAAAGAAAUAUUAGAUGACCAAUCAAAUAAUUUGGGGAAUGGAAAACGUUUAGUACAUGGAGCAUUCCUUUUAAAAAAUGGAUCCUCUAAUUUAAAUGCUAUGAGUGUUAAAGAUACUUUUAAAGAAUUAGAUAUUCAACGUCAUACUUUAAGAUUUACAUGUACAGUGGAAAUUAAAGAAUCAUCAACACUUCAAAAAACUAAAGCAAAACUUUAUAGUAUGCUAGAAAAUAAUUUGCCAAUUUUUAAAAGCAAACUCACUAUGUCUGAUGGAUCAAUAUCAUUGACAUCAAUUUUAAUAACUGUUGAAGAUGGUGUGGACUGUAAUAAUAAAAAAAUUGUAAUUUCAUGGGCUAAUGAAGAUGAGCCAUUGGGAAAUCAUGUUCUUGAAAUGUUACAAAAUAUGAAGACAAGAUAAAGUAUAUUCUGAAAACAAUGUUCCAAAAGGAGUCAAAGAUCUUAAAAGCAGUGGUGUAUUAGCUACUAGAAGACCUGUUCUUA